GUGAGAAUUACCCUGGGAAUCUCUGGGAGUUCUCGCCAGGUGAGAAUGUGGCUUUAAAAGGGAAAGCCACUCUGUCUGACCUUUAUGGACAUGGCAUUGCAUACAAUGCUAUUGAUGGAAAUCGUGAUGGCAUAUAUGAUCAUGGCUCCUGUGCUCAUACAAAAGUUCAUCUCAGCCCUUGGUGGAGAGUGGAUUUGCUCCAAAAAUAUAAAGUCUUCUCUGUGAUAAUCACCACCGAGGUUAGGGUUCCAGAGAGACUGGAUGGGGCUGAAAUCCGAAUAGGAAAUUCUCUCGUUGACAAUGGUGUCAACAACCCCAGGUGUGACAUAAUCUCGUCUAUUCCUGCUGGGUUUUCCGUGACCUAUGAGUGCAAUGGGAUGGAGGGACGCUAUGUUACUGUGGUGAUUCCUGGACGUAUAGAGCAUCUAAUACUCUGUGAAGUGGAGGUAUAUGGAUUGCCACUGUCAUCCACAUUUUUUAGUAACAACUAG